AUGCACCUCGGAUAUCUCAUCCUCAUGGCCUUCCUGGGGCAAUUGCUGGGCACCAUGGGGCAGACCACCAUCAGCCAGCAAGGACAAGUCACAGUGAAGCAGAGAGACACCUUCCAAACAACCUGCACCUACCAAACCUCCUCCCUUUACGCUCUGCUUUGGUACCAGCAGAAGCAAGGCCAAGCCCCACAGCAGAUCUCGUAUCACACAGCCGUUGGCCCCAAACAGAGUGGCCGGUUUACCACGUUGCUGAACACCACAGAGAAAUACAGCCUCCUGCAGCUGGAGGAAGUUGAGGUCUCUGACAGUGCCUUGUACCUCUGUGCUGUGACACCUUGUGGGAACAGGCUGUACAGCUCUAUCCAAGAUCUCAAAGGGGGAGCAGACCACCAGGUAGAGGUGGGCAACCGGCCCUGCCAGCAGAAGAGCUGUCCUGAGGGAAAGUUGCUUCAUGUCUGCGGGAAGGCCAAGCAUGUCUGGUGGGAGGUGGGGGUAUUUGAGAGGCAUGAAGGCUGUGGUGUGUGGCGUGGCCAGGCUGAUUUCAACAUCAACCUGAACGCAUUGGAUAACCUACCUGUCUAUGGGACAUGCUCUGAGGCCAAGCGGACAUAUCUGAGCAGAGAUGCCAGAAUACAGGACUUGAUCGCCACUGGCUGUGAAGGAGCUGACUAUGUCUUCAUCAGCUCCAAGGGACAGUGA